CGGUAGGUGGCGCUGUGGGCGGACGGGCGGCGCUGUGGGCUGUUGACAGGGGCCGGUGUGGACGAUGUGUGGCCGCGGGCGUCGGGUCGCCGUGGCUCUCCUGAGGCUGUGGCUGCUGCUGGCGGCCGGGGCCGGGGCCGGGGCCUGGGCCUCGGAGCUCAGCUACGUGACGUGCGGCUCGGUGGUGAAGCUGCUGAACACGCGGCACAACGUGCGGCUCCACUCGCACGAGGUGAAGUACGGCUCCGGGAGCGGCCAGCAGUCUGUGACGGGAGUGACCACCGCAGACGACAGCAACAGUUACUGGAGGAUACGUGGGAAAAUGGAUGACUCGUGCCAGCGAGGAAACCCGGUCAAGUGCGGGGAAGUCAUCCGGAUGACUCACAUCAACACCGGCCGCAACCUGCACAGCCACUACUUCACGUCCCCUCUGUCGGGCAACCAGGAGGUGAGUGCGUUCGGAGAAGACGGAAAUGGCGAUGACCUGGAUAACUGGACGGUGGUUUGCAGCGGGACGUUCUGGGAAAGAGAGAAUCCAGUGAAGUUCAAGCACACAGCCACAGAGGUCCUGUUGUCAGUCACAGGGGAACAGUACGGGAGACCUAUCAAUGGCCAGCGGGAAGUGCACGGCAUGGCAUAUUCCAACCAGUAUAGCUCGUGGAAAGUGAUGGAAGGGAUCUUUAUGAAACCCAUGGAGAUGCCGAGGUUUGAAACACACAGCCAUUCUGAGUUGUAAUAAAAGGAAUCCACUGCAGCUGUGUGGUUUAUGUUUAGCAUUUGGACUUUAAACGGCACCCCACCCCUCCCCCAAAAAAAUAGUUUGGUAAUUUAAUUUAUCCGUUUCUCAGUAUCGAGGCCACUUUGACCUGAACCAAGUUUCGGAACCUGCACCACUGGAGAAUAGUCACAAGUCAAACACAAGUGACCCUACACACCCACCCCCCUCCCUCCCUCCCGUAAUGACACAAUGGUUUGAGUCUGUAAACCCAGGCUUGGUGCUAUAAGUAAGCUCAAUAAAAAAAGUUUCCUUA